UAGCAAGCCAAAUUGCUUACAAUUAAUUAUACAUUUCCAGAAAAAACCCCUUUGCUGAAAGAAAAAACUUUUUGGUCUACUGAGAGAAGAUUAAUCAUGUGUGGUGGUUCAAUAAUCUCCGACUACAUAGCUCCUAGCCGGACUUCUCGCCGACUUACCGCUGAGUUGCUAUGGGGCCGCGCCGAUCUGAGUAAAAAGCUCAAAAAUCUUAGCAAUUAUCACUCUAAGCCCUUGCGAUCUGAAGUAGUUGAUGACUUCGAGGCUGAUUUUCAGGACUUCAAAGAAUUCUCUUAUGAUGAAGAUGACGUUGAAGUCGAUGUCAAGUCAUUUACUUUCUCUGCUCCCAAAAAAUCUACUGGCUCCAAAUCUGUGAAAGCUGUUGAUUCAGACAACAAUGCUGCUGAUAGAUCCUCUAAGAGAAAGAGGAAGAAUCAGUAUAGGGGGAUCAGACAGAGACCUUGGGGUAAGUGGGCAGCUGAAAUACGUGACCCAAGGAAAGGGGUUCGGGUCUGGCUGGGAACCUUCAAUACUGCAGAAGAAGCUGCCAGAGCUUAUGAUGUUGAGGCUAGGAGGAUCAGAGGCAAUAAAGCUAAGGUAAACUUCCCUGAUGAAGCUCCAGCGCCUGCGUCCAGACACUCUGUUAAGCUGAAUCCUCAGAAUGGCCUUCCUAAGGAGAGCCUGGACUCGGUUCCGUCUGACUCAACUAUCAUGAACAGUUUGGGGGAUGGUUAUUAUGAUUCUUUGGGAUUCCCUGAAGAGAAACCCAUGACAAAGCAGUAUGCAUAUGGAAAUGGGAGCAGUGCUUCUGCAGAUACAGGUUUUGGCUCAUUCACCCCUUCAGUUGGUGCUUCAGCUGGUGCUGAUAUCUACUUCAACUCUGAUGUAGGAAGCAACUCUUUUGAGUGCUCUGAUUUUGGUUGGGGAGAGCCAUGCUCCAGGACUCCGGAGAUAUCAUCAGUUCUGUCUGCUGCUGUUGAAAGUAAUGAAGCUCAAUUUGUUGUAGACGCCAAUCCCCAGAAAAAACUGAAAUCAUGCACCAACAAUCCUGUAGCUGAUGACGGAAACACCGUGAACAGGCUAUCCGAAGAGCUCUCAGCUUAUGAACCCCAGAUGAAUUUCUUUAAUCUCCCAUAUAUGGAGGGAAAUUGGGAUGCAUCAGUUGAUGCCUUCCUCAACACAAGUGCAACUCAGAAUGGUGAAAAUGCUAUGGACCUAUGGUCGUUUGAUGAUGUUCCUUCUUUAAUGGGGGGUGUCUUUUAAGUCGGCAUGCCUUCCUUGCCUAGUUUUUGUAAAUAAGGCAUCAUGUGUGUGUGGUGGUGGAAGAAGGAUGAUCCACAGACGAUCAUAUGAUUAAGCCAUGGAUUGUGCUCGCAAUAGAUAUUUGGUGAUAGAGCAGUGCAUAAGUAAUUAGAUUUAAUUAACCAGUCAGAGAUGUUAAGUUCAAGGUACUUUUUAUUAAAAGAUUUGAGCUGUAUGGAUGAUAACAGUUGCUGAGAUCUCGAUGCUAGCUAUAACCUACUUUUGGUGUUUA